AUGCCGUCUUCAGCCCUACCACCGUCCAACGCGCUCUUCCCGGCUCUCUACCUGUACCCUUUGAACGACACAUGGGCACCCAAACGUGUUGCGCUGACGAAUAUGCACACGAAAAUUGGAUGGCAGCCGAGCAGCAAAACAACGCCGGGCGAGCGGAAUGGGUUUUUUGACAGCAAGGUGCUGAGUCGGCAACACGCAGAAGUGUGGGAGGAGGGUGGAAAGAUAUAUAUUAAAGAUGUGAAGAGUUCGAAUGGGACGUUUAUCAAUGGGGAGAGGCUCAGCAGCGAAGGACACGAAUCGGAGCCAUUCGAGCUCAAAAGCAACGACAUCGUCGAAUUGGGUAUCGACGUCGUCGGUGAAGACAAUAAGACGAUCAUCCAUCACAAAGUUGCCGCACGACGCAGAGCAGCUUUGCUACCCACCACGACCGCGUACACCAGCUCGAGGGCGCUCUUGAGGCACAGGAAGGUUUACGGCGGUGUUGCGAGAGCUUGUGAUGUGUGGCACGAGUUCAUUGGGGACGUCCGGCGCGGGUUCCGGGUGGAGGAAGGGUCUCACGAAGAGGCAAUGGGUGAACGGCAUCAUACGUGUGAUGAUGAGGACGAAGGUGGGGAGGGCCAUGAAGAUGACGACGAGGAAGAGGAAGAUGACGACGACGAUGCGCGUAGUGUGUCGACAAUUAUUCCGCACAAGCUUGAGAGCGUCGAGGAGGAGGAUGAGGAGGCCGUUGCGCGUGCUGAACGUGGGGAAGAUGGCGAUGGCGAUCUCGAUCAUGAGGCGCGUGAUGCGCAGCAUGGAGUUGAGGAUAAAGACCAUUCUGUGUCUGAAAUUGUCGACUCUUCGUCCCUUGAUCAGGAGCACGAGCACGAACAAAGUCAUGAACAUGGGUCGGAGGAUGAGGCAGAGGCAGAGAAGUGGAAGCAGGAGGAUCUCAAGGUUGGCAAGCCCCGCAGCUCCGGUGCGAGUGGCAGCGAGGACAAAGAAGACCGUGAAUCGGGCGACAAGAAAGCAAUGCCUGCACAGAAGCUCAAAGGACGAAAAGGGGUUGGACUUGUAGACGACCCUAUGCGUAUGCUUGCUACGCCGGAACCAUAUGUCGUGUUCAAGCUCUCGGAGAGCACUGUUUCGUCUCUCGACGGUGACCGGGAUCAAGACAAGUCUCUGCUAUCUGGGAAGACACGGACGCACCCACUUGCAGACUCGAGCGAUGUGGACGCGGAUGUGCUCUCGCGUAGCUUUGACGAAGAUUCUAUUGCUGGUAAAUACAAGCAAUCAAGUGGAGAUGGGCUAGAAGGAGGAGGAAUAGAAUGCGCUAGGGCAAGUCCAUUUUCUUCUUCAUCGACAUAUGCGCGCGGCGCGUUUCUAAUCGUUUUCUGGGUUUUCGUUUCUUGUGUGUUGGGUGUGUUGGGUGUAUUUGUAGGUCUUGCGAUCUCUGUCUAUUCAUGGCUUGUGUCGGGCGUCGUUUGGAUCUCUUCAUCGUCGGUCGCGCGCUGGCUGUCGACUGUUGAUCUUGAUUCCUUGGCGGCUGCGCUUCCUGAUGCUCGGGUGCAUGCUUGGGCUACACAGGCGUUGCAACACCUGAACAAGGGCAAGGGAAAGGAUGGCGCGGGAAACUCGAAUAUCAAUGUCCAAACUGCGGUGGACGUAGUGCUGCUCAGUGUUGCGGCUGCCGCUGUGUUUUGGAAGAUCAAGCCCGAGUAG